GGGCCACAAACAGCGCAGUCUCGCGGCUGCCCAAGCGCGCGGCGGAGCGCUCAGGGCUGCCUUCGAUCGCAGCGCUGCCGAUCGAUUACGACUGCUGCAUCGAUUCGUACUUGCGGGAGCGCCAGUCGACGUGAUAGCCACCGGCGGCGCGUGUGCAGGUGCAGCAGACAUAACAAGUUAGAUAGCCACCGGCGCGCGCGCGUGGCAACUGGCGCGCUGCAAAAAGGGACCUCUGGAGCCAUGCGCGUCGUCCUGCUCGCCGCGGCGGCGGCCGCCCAGACGGCGCUGGACGACACGACGAUCCGCACGGCCGUGCGGCUCUGGCUCGGCAACGCGACGGCCCGCGCGGAGGCGGAGGGCACGUGGGGCCCCAUCGCCCAGUGGAACACCGGCGCCGUGCGCGACAUGAGCGAGCUCUUCUGCGGGUUAGAUGAGACCCCGACGCACCACUCGUUCUGCGACUCCUACAACGUCGGGGCGUCGGCCUUCAACGACGACAUCAGCGGGUGGGACACGGCCCAGGUCACGACGAUGCACUCCAUGUUCCUCUUCGCGACACAGUUCAACCAACCGCUCAAUAGCUGGGAUAUCUCAAAAGUCACGGACCUGACGUCGAUGUUCGAAGGCAAGGCCCACGAAAAAAACACAUACAACCAACCGCUGGACGCCUGGGACGUCGACCAGGUCGUUGCACUGGACUCCAUGUUCUACGCCUCGGCGUACAACUCCCCACUAAACUCCUGGCAGCUCGGCACUCCCUCAAUAAGUGAAAUGUUCAUGUACAGCGACUUCGACCAGGACAUCAGUGGCUGGGACGUCUCGCGCAUCUCGUCCUUCCUCAAGGUCUUCGCCUUCUCGGCCUUCAACCAGCCUUUGGAUUCUUGGGACGUGUCGAGCGCCACCACUCUAGAAUCCAUGUUCUGGGGCGCCUCGGCCUUCAACCAGUCGCUGGCGACCUGGGACGUGUCCCAAGUCGUGAACAUGCUCGGCACGUUCUCGCAGGCGUCCAGCUUCGACCAGAACAUCGACAGUUGGGAAACCACCAGAGUAACGUCCAUGUACCAGAUGUUCUGGGAGGCGGCGGCGUUCAAUCAGCCGCUGCGGAGCUGGUACGACGACACGAACAGCCGGGGCGUCCACGUCGUCGUGAACAUGAACUACCUGUUCUGGAAGGCCGCGGCCUUCAACCAGGACCUCGGCUGGUGUGUCAACGACGACGUGGACCUCGAGAGCGCCUUCUUCGGCACGAAGUGCGCGGCGGGCUGCAUCUUUGGCAGCGACUGCGCGUCGCUGUCCUGCGGCGUGGCCCGCGGCGCCGUCGGCACGUGCGCGCCGUCGUCGGCGCCGACACCCACGCCGUCGAAGAUCCCGACGCCCAAACCGACGACGUCGUACCCCACGCUGAGCCUGGCGCCGACCGGGUCCCCCCAACCGUCGACGGCGCGGCCGACGGGCCGCCCGACGUACACGCCGCGGCCGACGCCGCGGCCUUCACACGCUCCGACGAGCCUCGCGGACGCGGCGGAGGUCGCCGCCCGCCUCGCCCCGACGCCGGUGCCGAGGCCCGCGCCCCAGGUCGCCGCGAGCAGCAAGAACGCUGGAUGUGUAUUACGGCCGGGGCUUGUCCUCGUCGCAUUGCUAGGACUACAGUAACA